UGUCUUGCAUGGUGACUCAAGAUACAUUCAGUUGUUGUAGAGUUAUUCAAAGACAAGAAACCAGGUUUUUUUUUUUUUUUUUUUUGGUGAAGAACAUUGAUAACAUUUGGGUUUUUUUCCUACAUCCUCAUGGAUAGUGGUGUCAUCCUCAGGGUACUGGAGCUAAUGAAGCUGCUUUAUGUCAGAAGGGAAUCCUGCCUGUAGUGUCUUAGAUUUGUGAAUGGAUGAAUAUUUAAACAGCCCUCUUCAAUCUUGCUUCAAAAUGUCCCUGUGCACAUCUUCUCACAAGGACUUCUCUCAGUUGCUGCCACUUCAGGAUAUUGGAUGCAAUAAAACAGAAAUUAAAAAUUCACCUGCUGGUGUCAUCUCUCCAGUUCCUUACAGCUGCAAUCAGUCCACGCUGACAGCAGAGCACAGUCCAGUCUACAUUCCCUCCUCUUUCGUGGAAAACAGACACGAAUAUUCCACAAUGGCAUUCUGCAGCCCUGCUAUGGUCAAUUACAACAUCGCCAGCAAUUUUGGGGACCCAGAGGGCGUGACUGCCAGGCAAACCUCGAGCCCCAGUGGGCUGUGGUCUGCUCCUGGCCAUCUGUCCCCCCUGGCUCUGCACUGCCAGUCCUCCCUGCUGUAUGCAGAGCAGCCCAAGAGCCUGUGGUGCGAAGCGCGCCCGAUGGAGCCCGUGCUGCCCGGGAGCAGAGAAACAUUAAAAAGAAAAACGAAUGGCAAUGACUGUACAAGCCCAAUUGCAAAUAAUCCUGGCUCAAAAAAGGAUGCCCACUUCUGUGCAGUCUGCAGUGACUAUGCUUCAGGAUACCACUAUGGGGUCUGGUCCUGUGAAGGCUGCAAAGCAUUUUUUAAAAGAAGCAUUCAAGGACACAAUGAUUACAUCUGCCCAGCCACCAACCAGUGCACGAUCGACAAAAACCGGCGCAAGAGCUGCCAGGCGUGCCGGCUGCGCAAGUGCUACGAAGUGGGGAUGAUGAAAUGUGGUUCCAGGAGAGAACGCUGCGGGUACCGGAUCCUGCGGAGCCACCGCAGCGCCGAGGAGCGCGCGCACUGCCUGGGCAGGGCCAGGAGAUACAACGAGGCGGCCACGAGGGUGAAGGAGAUCCUGCUGAGCGCCCUCAGCCCCGAGCAGUUCGUGCUGACCCUGCUGGAGGCAGAGCCGCCCCACGUGCUGGUCAGCCGGCCCAGCAAACCCUUCACCGAGGCCUCCAUGAUGAUGUCCCUGACCAAGCUGGCGGACAAAGAGCUGGUGCACAUGAUCGGCUGGGCCAAGAAGAUUCCUGGCUUCAUUGAUCUCAGCCUCUAUGACCAAGUGAGGCUCUUGGAGAGCUGCUGGAUGGAAGUUCUAAUGAUUGGUUUGAUGUGGAGAUCCAUUGACCAUCCUGGGAAACUGAUUUUUGCACCAGACCUUGUACUGGACAGGGAUGAGGGGAAAUGUGUAGAGGGAAUUUUGGAGAUCUUUGACAUGCUCCUGGCCAUGACCUCGAGGUUCCGAGAGCUGAAACUGCAGCACAAGGAGUAUCUGUGUGUCAAGGCAAUGAUCCUCCUCAAUUCCAGCAUGUUCCCCUUGUCAGCAGAGGAACCUGAAAGCAAUAGGAAGCUGCACCACCUGCUCAACGUGGUCACAGAGGCUUUGGUGUGGGUUAUUGCCAAGAGUGGGAUCCCCUCCCAGCAGCAGACCACUCGCCUGGCCAAUCUGCUGAUGCUGCUCUCCCACGUCAGGCACGCCAGUAACAAGGGAAUGGAGCAUCUCCUGAGCAUGAAGUGUAAGAAUGUGGUGCCAGUGUAUGACUUGCUGCUGGAGAUGUUGAAUGCUCACACCCUCCGAGGGCAGAGGAAAUCCCUGGCCACACACCCUGAGUUUGGCCCCCUGGAGCAAAUGGAGCCUGCAGACAGCCUGAGGAAUGGGGCACCCCAGUAAUUGUGCAAGACCUGGAAAUGUGAGGCUUUUUCAGAGCUAUGGGGGAAAACAGAGCUGCUGUGAUGGGGCUGCAGAAGUGUGACCUGGCGUGAGCUCUCAUCCCUCCUGGAUUUGCACAUCUGUGUCUGGGAGAGGCCGCGGGGCGCUCACUCUGCCUGUGUUCUGACAUUGCAACAGCUGCACUGCUGUAGUGCCUUUUCUGAGACUCUGCAAAAGCACCUUAUGAAAUCAAGCCUCAGAACAGCACUGUGGGACAGGGGAUUGCUGCCUCUCCUUCUCAGAGGCAGAACUGAGAGGGAGAGGUAAAGGGACAGGUUUGAGAAGCUUGGAGAGAGCACGUUGCUCUGUCUCCCAGAGCAAGACUUUUAGGAACUGACUGAACAAUGUCCUCUUUCAGCACGGGAUGGUGUGAAAUGCAGGACAGCAUCAUUUGGGACAGAUGUUUACCUCUGUGUGCUGGUCCCUGGGGAAUGCCUGCUCUGCAGCUGAUCUAGAUAAAGUGCCGAGAUACAGACAGUGUAAAGGAGCUUUUUCUCAAAUAUGCAAUGGCUGCAAGAGCCUUCAUGUGAAGGUCAUUAGAAAUAGCUUCUAGGGUCAGUUCAGAGCCUUUGCAGAAAGUUUAAAUUGAUCUUAAGUUUGUAUUUUGUGAGCCUGUUCUCAACACUCACGUUGUUAUCUGCUUAUAAUUCUUCAGUGCUUUAAGCAACGACCAAAUCGUCUGAAUAUCUCAGUCACUGCUGACCUUUGAGAUGUGCUUUGUCUGUGAGUUUAUAAUGUUGUUUUAUAUAUUUAUUAAUGAUGUUAAAUCUAUUCUAAUAAUUAGGUACAAGAAGUUGCUCUGUGGAUAUUAACUGUUUGUAUUUGUAUAUGAUCUGCUGAUCAGGCCUUGUGAAACCAGCUAGGAAAAAAAAAUCUUCCCACCCCUUUGUCUGGUGUGUGGAAUUACGUCCUGCCCACCCAAACCCUCUUGCAGCGGGUGAGGCACUGGAUGGGAACAUGGAUGGGGAUCUGUUUUUGUCUGCUGCCCUGAGGUUUGCUGCUUGCUUGUUCUCAGCAUGCAUGGCACCUUGUGCUGUGGUCUUCAUUUCUUUAUAGGAGCCCUCAAAGAGCGAGGAUGGGGAUAAUGGUGAAGACAAUGUGAAGAUGGGGAUAAUGUAAAGCACUGCUUUGCUUUGCAAGUGUGAUGACUUGUUUGAAUUACACUGAAGAUGUAGUGGUUUAAACUUCCUUUUUGUGCUGAUUUCUGCAUGUGUUUAAGCUGCACUGAGUAAAAAAAAAACCUGAUUAAAUGGCCUGGCUGACCUCAGAGAUCAGCAGGGUGGCAUCAUUCAUUCUGGUAACUGCCUCUCUACUUGGAAACAUUUAAAUAUGGCACAUGCAUGUUCUGGGCAUUAUGGUGAAAUGAAUUGGGAUCACACCAAAAGUCUAUUUUGAGCCCCUAAGUCUUUUGCAUUAGGGACUUUGAUUAGUAUUCCAUUUGCAUAUUUUGAAUAUUAGUCAAACCAUUAAUCUUGGUGGUUUUUUAAAGCCAAGGACAGUAUUUUUUAUAGGAGGUUUUCAGUGAGUUACACAUCUAUUGUCUGUUUUGAUCUUGUACUAACUAUACCAGAUGCUGCUGCUGAUCUAAAUUUUUACUCUUUGCCUUUUUAUUGUUUUUAAGAAACUGUAAUAUAGCUGUGUCCUUCUAAAGCUGUGUAAUAUUUACAAUGAAAAAAAAGGAAAAAAAUGUGAGUACAGUCUGGAAUUUAUUGGUACUUUCAUGUUGAGAGAUGUUUUGCUGUGAAACAAACCUGUCUCAGUAUUUCUUGGGCUUGACUGUGUUCUGGCCUCGUUGCCUGUUGUGUUGCUCUUUCUCUGAUUUUCCUUAUCCUGUGUAAUCUUUUGGUUUAAUACAGUUUUUCAAAGAUAUGUUUAAGUGAUUUGUUUGUUUUGCUUUAAAAGUGCUAAAUUUGUGUACAAUCUUGGAACAAACCUUUUGAAGAGAAAAUGGGAAAGACUGGGUUUAAAUCAUGAAAUUAUCUUCUAGAUGGAAAUUUGCUGUGGACUGACUCUGUGAAAAGGAUAUGCUGCAGUUUUGUGCUACGUGGUGGUGUUCAUAUAUGUUGCUAUUAGUACAGUGCAAAUAGGAAAAUGAUGUGAUUUUAACCCACUUUUUGUCUUGUUGAACAUGAUUUUAUUAAAAGUUACUAA